ACAAUUUUGUCAUUAUGUACAUCCAAGAAAUAGUUGAAUCUGACAGAUUUCCCGGGAAAUUGUGAUUCUUGUGAACAAAGAAGAGAAAGUCCUUAAGAUCCCAAAAACAGUAGCAAUCUUUUAGCAUCUGAUUAUCAGGGGCAUGACACAACAAACUAUUUAUUUAAAUGCCCAGUUUUAUAGGUCCCUUCUUUUUCCUCUUCUUCCUUGGCAAGCAAAAGAGAGAACGAAAAGGUUACACUUACUUGAAAGACAGAUUUAUGAGGGAAGAAAAAAUGGCAAUAGAUAGAGCAUCAUCAUUUCCAGAGGCUGAUGUUGAUCAAGCAUUGAACCCUAGCCAAAACAAGGAGUUUGAAGUUGAUCCUGUAUCAUCAGAUAUUGCCACCUCAAAGGAGACUCGGCAGGAACAAGAUGAGGCUGCACGAAAAAGGGAAAGGGAAAAGCAGGAUGCUAUGCAUAAACUCAAAACAACCAUCUUAGUUUCAGCCAUGAUCAUUGCUGUUGCCGGGGCUGUCUUUGCCGUAACCAAAAAAUUGAGAGAGAGAUGAAAUCACUAGCCGGAUGGUAUUAUAAACUCCAGCAAUUGCUCAAUUUUCCUGAUAUCUUAAACCUUUUUUAGAUUUUUUUUUUUUUUUUUUGAGAUCACAAGGCAUUCCAUUCUUUCGAGGGAACUUUUUUUUAUGUAGCAGUGAAGGAUGGGCAUGUGCAUUCCACAUUGCUAUGUGAAUUACUGCAUAUUAUAAUAAUAAUAAUAAUAUUUGAAGGAGAA